AUGGACACAGAAGCACUGGCCACCGCCAUGAACCAGACAUGGGAGCUGCUGUCCUGGCUGGACUCCAAUACCUCCAGGUCAUCCCUGGAGCAUCACCCGAAGGAAAAGAAGGCCAACUUCCUCUUUGAAAUUGGCGUUGAAAACUUCAUCACGUUGAUUGCCUUUGGCCUCAUUUUCACGCUGGGAGUGCUGGGAAACUCGCUGGUCAUCACGGUGCUUGCCAGGAGCAAGCCUGGCAAGCCCCGCAGCACCACCAACAUUUUUGUCCUUAACUUGAGCAUUGCCGACUUGGCCUACUUGCUCUUCUGUAUCCCUUUCCAGUCUACAGUGUACAUGUUGCCCAGCUGGGUGCUGGGCACGUUCAUCUGCAAGUUUAUCCACUACUUCUUCACUGUCUCAAUGUUGGUCAGCAUCUUCACCCUUUCAGCAAUGUCUGUGGACCGCUACGUGGCCAUUGUGCAUUCCCGGCGCUCCUCAUCCCUGCGGGUGUCCCGUAAUGCACUUAUAGGGGUAGGGGUCAUCUGGCUGCUCUCCAUUGCCAUGGCCUCACCUGUGGCUCACCAUCAGCGCAUCGUCCACCAGAACAUCAUUAACCAGACUUUCUGCUGGGAAGUGUGGCCCAAUCUUCAGUACAAGAAAGUGUAUGUGAUCUGCACCUUUGUUUUCGGGUACCUGCUACCUCUGCUGCUGAUCUCCUUUUGUUAUACUAAGGUCCUCAGUCAUCUACAUAAAAAGCUGAAAAACAUAUCAAAGAAGUCGGAAGCAUCGAAGAAGAAGACAGCACAAACGGUCCUAGUGGUCGUAGUGGUUUUUGGGAUAUCCUGGCUGCCGCAUCAUAUUGUACACCUCUGGGCUGAAUUUGGAGACUUCCCCCUGACUCAAGCCUCAUUUCUCUUCAGAGUGGCAGCACAUUGCUUGGCUUAUAGCAAUUCUUCUGUGAAUCCUAUUAUAUAUGCAUUCCUCUCUGAGAAUUUUAGGAAGUCCUAUAAGCAAGUAUUCAAAUGCCAGAUCGGUAACAGCUCUCCUCUGAAUGAAGUCAAAGAAAAUAAGAGUAAUAUUGACACACCACCAUCUACUAAUUCUACACAUGUGUGA